CUGGAGGGUGGGGGAGCAAAAAUAUUUUUCUGAUAAUAGUAAAUGCAUUAGGACAUCCAAAGGGGGUGGGGUUAAUUCCCAAUUUCUUCCGUGGGGGAGGUAUGGAUGUUUUCUGGAAGGACCCAAUGCCACAUCCUGUGCUAAAACCAAAGUAAAUUUCUAUCUAUAGAUCGUGGUCAUGUAAUGCAACUUCCCAGUUGGUGCUUGUCAAUCAAAAAUUCCCGGAGAAAUCUUUCAAGAAAAGUAAGUUUAGGGUGAAAUUAUUUACUGUAAAUACUCAUGAUAAAUGCUAAUUUUUGUCAGACAUUGAAUAAAGUGGUUUUUACAAAGCAUUAUCAUUUCGCAAAUGGUGGUCAAGCAACAGUUAUCGGAUGAUUGCUCGACCUUGAUAAGUUUUAGCAUUCUUUGUUUUCACCACCAUUUGCUGUUGCUAUAAAGCUUAAUUUGUUAAGCUGUGGUUAAUUUUGUACUUUGUGUUUUUGCUUAGAGAUUCAACAUUUAUUUUUUGCCAAGGAGAAUGACUGGGGCUUCAGUAAUUUCAAGGAAUGGAGUGUAAGUAUAAACUGUAAAGUUUGCAAUAUAAAGAACCUCCACAAAUACUGUACAUGUCAAUAUUGUAAGAUGUAGUGUUCUCCUUUUCCAUAUAUGUUUAUACAUUAGGUUGUCUGUUUUAUGCAUAGAUUAUGUUCACCCAUUGAGUGGCAAUGCGCCCAUUUGCGCCUACUUUAGCAUUUACUGACUCUGUCUAAUGCCAGACGAUUUUACUUGUCUUUGAUAGGUACUGCCAUUAAAUGGAUUUACCGAACAAAGUUAUCUGCCAAUGUCUCUUAUUAACCCAUUGACUGGCAAUGCGCUUAUUUACUCUGUCUAAUGCCAGAUGAUUUUACUUGUCAGUGGUAGAGUACUGCCAGUAAAUGGGUUAACCCCUUGAUAAGUAAAAUAAUCUGUUGUUAGACAGAGUAAAAUAAUAAAGUUGUGUGCGUAUUGCCACUAUAAGGGUUAAUUACUUAAUUUGUGCCUAGAAGAUAAUUUAAGGCCUUGCUUAUGUUUUUAUUUAGGAAAUCCUCAAUUCAGACAGUGGAUUUUUGGUUGAUGACACAAUCAUUGUCGAGGCUCACGUUGUUGCUGAAGCUCCGCAUGGAGUAGCGUAAGUAUCGACCUUAAUGGUAAACAAUCUUUACUGCAGUUACUGUCGUUCCAAUUGAAGUGUUGCUCAAAUAUUGAUUCAAUACAAUACCUCGGGCUGACCAAUUCAUUUGAUCAAGUUCCUCGAGAUAUUCAUACACUUCCUAGUAUAAUUGUAAACUUCCUGUUGAAUAGUUUGAAUGCACCAAUCACCUUUGUUGUUUGUGCAACUAACCAAUCAUAAAUAGAAAGAAAGUGACCAGAAAUGAUCAAAUACUUGGAAUUGGCUCUUUCACAGGAAGUGUAUCAAUAUCUCGAGGAACUUGAUCAAAUGAAUUGGUCAGCCCUAGGUAAUGUAUUGAAUCAAUAUUUGAGCAACACUUCAAUUGGAACGACAGUAAAUAUACCACUUAUCUAAUUUUUUGUACUUAUGCAUAUAAUUUCAGAUGGGAUUCUAAGAAACAUACAGGUUAUGUUGGAUUGAAGAACCAGGGAGCAACUUGUUACAUGAACUCUCUUUUACAAACUUUGUUUUUUACGAAUAAAUUAAGAACGGUAGGUGCUGUUAACCUAUAGCAUCUGAAAUUUGCAGUACUUCUCUGUAUAAAUUUGCAUGGGUACUAAAAAAUUUUAAAUUUAAGUUUUUAUAUUUUUAAACAUAAAUUACGUAAAUAUCUUUUAGAUCCUACAUUUAGCCUUUGAAAAUUUUAAAAUCCAUAUUAGUAAUUACUUUGUUUGAAUUUCAUUUUAGUAUAGCUAAAUAACUUUUUGUAUAUGUUGAUUGGCUCUGAAAAGCCCCGUUUGGGAGAGUUGUAAAAAAUGUAUUGUAUUUCAGACCCUGAUUGACCCAUUAAGUUGCAAUGCACCCGAAAGUGCCUGACUUUAUUAUUUUAUUUUGUCUGACUCCAGAUGAUUUUACCCAUCAAUUACAUCUGAGCAACUUAGACUGGCUAGACAGUACUUAGGCGAAGAAGCUUGUCUUGCUAAUAGAUUGAUUGUAUUUCAAUUUAGGCUGUUUAUCACAUGCCAACUGUUCAUGAUGACCCACAGAGGAGCGUCGCAUUCAACUUACAGAGAGUGUUUUAUGAACUGCAAUUCAGGUAAAGUUAUAAUCCCUAACGGUACGUUGGGUAGUGCCAAUAAUAUGAACAAGAUUCUCAUGGGCGUACCGGAAGGAAAAAAUUAGGGGGGCGGAAAGAAAUUUGCCCGACUUUUUCGGAUUGUGCCCGACCAGUGCCGAAAAAUUUUUUUUCCGGAACAAUUAUCGAUCAGUGUACCAUUUUAGGGGUCCAAAAAUUUUUCGGACAUACCAAAAUUUUUCGGAAUAUCAAACAAAUUUUCCAAACAUCACAAAAUUGACAGAAUUUCCCACAAAAUUGACAGAAUUUGUCCCAUUUAUUUUUAUACUAUAAACCCAAUAUUGUGCCCCCCACACACCCGGUAAUACGCCUUACAGCGCGAUUAUAUUACAUCAACCAUGGGUUUCGAAUUAAUUUUUUCAAGCACAUGCAACAGUGGACGUUUUUAUAGUUUUUCAAUAUUAAAUAUUUUAUACUUAUUAACUAAAGUUAUUAUUAAGAGAGAUUUGAUUGCUUUGACUACUUUUUUGGCUUUUUAGUUUCCCACUCUUCGCCCGACUUAUGUUGAACAUUUGCCCGACUUUUCGACUUUGUAAUCUUUUUGGGCAGCUGCCCCUGCCCGUCCCGUACGCCUAUGAAGAUUCUGUUGGUAGGUAUGCAGCUACCUGAAAAAUAUAAGGAGAAUUUCGCUAGUAACUCUAUCCCUACUGGUAACUUUAGACAAAGGGCCUUUGCUGGAAACAUUGAAAUUCACCUUAUAUUUUUCAGGUACAUCCCUACCAACGAAAGCUUGUUGAUUUAAGUACACCCCCACUUACGUACUUAUAAUUUUGUUUUUUAGUGACAAAGCUGUUGGAACCAAAAAGCUAACCAGAUCAUUUGGGUAGGUACAGUACAAUGCUGAACUUGAGUUACUUAGCUGGUCUAGUUGUUCACUGUUGAGUCUCCUGUUGUUAUUGCAUGUAAUUUAUAACAAUGAGAGACAUGUACUGUAUAUUUACUUUGAUGGUUCAGAGAUGCCAAAAUUUUAGUUACCAAUAUCCAGAAGUGAGACACUGGAUUCUCAGAUAGGACAAGGUCUGAAAUUUAAAUUUUUUCUAAUAUAAUUUAAGUAUUAUACCCUGUUCCAUCCAAAUAAGUUUCCAUAACUCUCACUGUUACAAAUUACAAUAACAACAGCAGACUCAACAGUCAACAGUCAACAACUAGACAAUUCGUUAAAUACACUAAAAUGCACAUAAUAUGAGGAAAGACUUGGGUGGCAAACUCAUACAUUAUUCAAAAGCUAUCAGGAGACUGUUAACUUUUUCUUAAUGAAAUCUGCUGUGUUGGUGUAAUGUACUCAGGUGAAUAAGAUGUUUGUGUGAUGUUACUCUGAGUGUAUAUCCACACCGGGCAGGCUUGAAAUAUAUGCCUGGCCUCGGCGGGAUUCGAACCUACGACCUUUGGAAUACUACCCCAAUGCUCUUCCAACUGAGCUACGCGGUCAGGACGGUUCGAGUAAGCGAUAUUUCGGAACUGAGUCUAGUUCCUUCGAUAUCAGUGUAAUCUAAUAUUUAUGAAAUCUGCUGUGUUGGUGUAAUGUACUCAGGUAAAUAAGAUGUUUGUGUGAUGUUACUCUGAGUGUAUAUCCACACCGGGCAGGCUUGAAAAAUAUGCCUGGCCACGGUGGGAUUCGAACCUACGACCUUUGGAAUACUAGCCCAAUGCUCUUCCACCAACUGAGCUACGCGGUCAGGACGGUUCGAGUAAGCGAUAUUUCGGAACUGAGUCUAGUUCCUUCGAUAUCAGUGUAAUCUAAUAUUUAUGAAAUCUGCUGUGUUGGUGUAAUGUACUCAGGUGAAUAAGAUGUUUGUGUGAUGUUACUCUGAGUGUAUAUCCACACCGGGCAGGCUUGAAAAAUAUGCCUGGCCUCGGGGUUCGAAUCCCGCCGAGGCCAGGCAUAUUUUUCAAGCCUGCCCGGUGUGGAUAUACACUCAGAGUAACAUCACACAAACAUUUUUCUUAAUGUUUGAAAUUUUCUUAGUAUCCAGUUGAGAUACAAGUCAUUCACAGUUUGGUAUCCAAAACCAAAUUUUAGUAUCGCGUGGAUAUUGGGAUACUGCAAAUUUCAAACCCUGUGGGGGAUACUAGAACUUUGAAUCCUGGUAUCCCAGUGGGGUAUUGAAAAAUAAAUUCUGACCCUCAGUAUUUUGUCACUGGUACUGUACAGACCACGAUGAAGGUAUAUGUGUAUAUUUGCAGUUGGGAAACUCUUGACAGCUUUAUGCAACAUGAUGUGCAGGAAUUGUGCAGAGUGGUAAGAAACAAUCAAUUUGCUACCUUUACAUUUCAAUCAUGGUUGAAUUAAAUACUCUUGGAUCAUUGUUGAUACUAAUUUUGUUGUUAUAUUUUGACAGUUACUUGACAACAUGGAAAGCAAGAUGAAAGGAACGUGUGUUGAGGUAUAAAGUAAUGUUUAAUUUUGGCUUCAAACUUUUCAACAGUUAAUGGAAAGUAUUUAGAAAAUUCUGCCAUUCGUGAUAAACUGUACAUUGAAAUUAGAAAAAGCUUUAUGUCCUCUUUUUUUAGGGUGUUAUACCGAAACUUUUGGAAGGAAAAAUGUGUGUAAGUAGUGUUCGAAAUUUUUUUCAUUGUUGCAUGUCUGUUCUGGCGUUGUUGUAAGCUUAGAUGGAUACAUGUAGAUUUUACUUCCUGUUGGUCCUCAGGUUUGCAUUGCAGUCGUGAAAUUUUACUUCUUUUUGUUUAGUAUUUAAUCAUAGUUUUUUUGUUGUUGUAGUCGUAUAUCAAAUGUACAAGUGUCGACUAUGUCUCUUCACGGUGAGUUUGUGUUUUAAAUAAGUUCCCGAGUGUGUGAGUUUACAAAUUACUCAAUUUUGUGCUAAUUCAUGGAUGUUUUUCCAUUCGUUUAGGAUUGAAUCGUUUUAUGACGUUCAACUGAAUGUGAAAGGGAAAAAAGACAGUAAGUUUUUGAUAGCUCAAUGAGUAGAGUGGCCAGUGUUGGUAGAAAAUUAAACCUCGAGAGUUGUAGAUAUAUAUUCGCUGCACCUCUUCAAAAACACGCUAUUACAUCGCAUUAUUGCAACUCUGUUAGUGAUUGACCGAGGCCGAUUUUUGCCUUGUCGGUGGACAAUCGGAAUCAGUAGAAUUAUCUAUAUUUCCGAUUGUCUAAAACCGAUUGUUGAGAAAAUAUGCACUUUAAAAAUUAUAUGCAUUGCACGUUGAUGCGCAUUGAUACAUGCAAUAUGUUAAAUUAGUACGUGAAGCGUGCCAUUUAUUAAUGGUUUUAACAAUCUUUGGUUGCAGUAAUAUGUUACUGUACGUUGGAAAUUAUCGUUAAGAAAUCGACAUGAAUGACGUCACCUUCACUCGGGCGACUGGUAUUAUGACGUCAUUAUAGAAUCCGAAUUGGGUUAUCGUUCCAUGUUUCGCGCACCAAUAUAGGUUAGGGUAAGUUAGGGUUAGGGGUUAGGUAUUAGGGUUAGGUAUUAGGGUUAGGGAUUAGGUUAGGGUUAGGGGUUAGAGUUAGGUUUAAGGUUAGGGGUUAGGGUGUGUAUAUAUGUGUAUGGAGGUAUCCAGUUAACCUUUCAGUGCACUAUAAUAUCCAUUACAUAACGUUUACUAUAUUGCAUGCAUGGUGCGCGAAACAUGGAAACGAUUACCCGGAAUUGGGGAGAAUGUGACAUGAAUGAUCGACAAUCGGUCGAUCACUAAACUCUGUUGUAUGUUUCUUUCAGUUUACGAAUCCUUCAAAGAGUAUAUCGCUGUGGAAACAUUAGACGGAGACAAUAAAUAUGAUGCGGGGGAUUUUGGAAUGCAGGUUUGGUUGGAAGAAAACUUUCUCAUCAACUCUCGUCGUUUGACCAAUGUUUUACUCUGUGUAUUUGCGUUUGAUUUAGGAAGCAAAAAAAGGCGUCUACUUUCACACCUUGCCAACAGUUUUACAUCUCCAGUUGAUGAGAUUUCAGUAUGAUCCAAUGACAGAUGCCAAUGUUAAAAUUAAUGACAGGUAAGAUUCUUGGCUUGAACAGCUACCAAACUAACUUGAUUCAUACUGGAUAGCUCUAUCCGUCCAAGAUUGUUCUUCCUAAGGGUCAUCCAUCCAUUGUUGCUAUGGGAGGAAACCUUAACUAAAAUAUCUUUAUUUAUGCUGAAUAGCUCUGUCAGUUCUAUUAAAUUAUUCUCCCUAGAGUUCCAGUCAGGGUCAUCUCUUAUUGAUCCAGUGUUACUACGGGAGAAAACCUAAACAAAAAUAUCUUUAUUUAUGCUGAAUGACUCUGUCAUUUCUAAAAUAUUCUCCAUAGAGGUCCAGUAAGGGUGGUUCUCUAUUGAUCCAGUGUAAAACACUACCAAUACUAGAAUGUUUACCUAAUAUGGUCCAUACUUGAAUAUUUAGUCAAAGUUGUAUUUACAUUGUCUAGAUAUGAAUUUUUUGAAAAAAUCGACCUGAGUAGUUUUCUUGAAGAAUCGCGGCAGACGCAAGCUUCGUAUACAUUGCAUGCUGUUCUUGUACAUAGUGGUAAGUGAUGGGCAGUAUUGGUAAGAUUGAGAAGCGUCACAGCACGUGACUGUGUGACGUUUCAAAUUUCUUAAUUUCUAAGUGUGACUUGUGCACGUGACCUAGUCCGGAUUUUAGUGGAAAUAGUGGGGGAGGUGGAAAAAAACCCCGUAACGAUCCCCAUGGAAAGUUAGGGCUUAGAACGGGCCAAAGUCAAGAGACGUAUGCAUGUAGUAGUGCACAUAUGUAUCAGUGUAUUAAUGAAUUAUGACUGUACAACUCAUCCAAUUUUGCCGUUCAUUACAAUUACUACAAAUUUUUUUCCAAAACAUUGCAUUAAAAGGGUACUUGACACAGAGAUGAAUAGCUAUCAUGUUGUCUUCUUACGAAGUGUAGACCCUAAGCAACCAAAAAAGUCAAAUUUUCACUUUCAUCUAUCAUUGAAACUUCCCCAAGGGGAGGUGCAUGACUUCUGAGGAGAGGAGCAAAAAUUCUCAGGGGAGGAGCAAAUAUUCUCAGGGGAGGUGCAAAACGAUCUCAGGGGAGGUGCGCACCUCCCCACACCUCCCCUCAAAAUCCGACCAUGCACGUGACUGUAUAUUUUUUCGUGUACAUUAUUAAUAAGUAAUAGUAUGGUUUCUUGUGCAAUUUGAAAAAACAUACACUCGUGAGUUUUUGAUAUGGUUUGAAAAACUCACUCGUGCAUGUUUUUUCCCAAAGUACACUUGAAAUCAUACUAUUACCUAUACAAAUGAAACUGUAUAUUUUACAGGCGACAAUCAUGGUGGACAUUAUGUUGUAUACAUUAAUCCCAAAGGUGACGGAAAGGUACAGUGGACAAUUUUCUUUGAGUUGUAACAUUUAAAUCAUUGCUUUUCUACUCUGAACACUUUUCUUAUUUAUCACUUGCAGUGGUGUAAAUUUGAUGAUGAUGUCGUUUCACUGGUAAGGGGGUGUUUUAUUAUCUUCAGAAAAACUGAGCAAUGAAAUUGAAACUCGGUCGUAUUACGAUGGUUGAUUUGGGUAAUACAGUGUAUAAGAUUCCAUGAACAUCUUUUCCAAUUUCUUUCUACAAAACAGGCCUCAAAGCAAGAAGCAGUUGACCAUAAUUUUGGAGGAUACGAUGUAUGUUAUUAAUUUGUCACAACCUCCUAUUAUACGAGCAGAAUUAUCACGAAUAGUGAUUACAAAAUACGGUUAUUUGAUAAUGUUGUAAUUCUAUUUUCAGGAUGAUAUAUCUGUAAAAUAUUGUACAAAUGCAUAUAUGUUGGUCUACAUCAAGGACAGCUGUUUAGGUAUGUCUACUCGCGAAAUUUACUUGCAAUUUAACACUUGGUUGCGUGAAUGGAUAAUGAGACUACCAACUUUACUGUACUUUACUUUCACUGUAUAUCCAACUUGGUGUUUUAUAGACGAUGUCCUUGAUACAAGUGCUACUGAAAUUCCUAAAGAACUGGAAGAAAAACUAAAAGAAGAAAAGUAAGUCCUGGUUUUUAGCCAGAAGGGCAUCUCGGGACGCCCCACAGAAAAAUAGACGCCCCAAAUUCUGGAAAGGAAAAUUAUCCUCAAAUACUUAAUAAAUCUUUGGUCAAAUUUAAAGCGCGUCACCAACACGCUUCUGUGCUUUUCAACAUGAAUAUUUUGUCUGAAUUCUUCGUUUAUCUCAAAUUGUUAUUUCCUCCACAGACGUCUAGAAGCUCAGAGAAGGAAGGAAAGAAGUGAGGCGCAUCUGUAUAUGAAUGUUGAGGUACACCAACGCAAAAUAUCGAACACUAUACAAUAUUUAAAAUAAUACUUUAUGCCAAACACUAGCCAGUACAGUUAAACGCCUAAUGCUCUUUACGAAAAUGUUCUUUCCUCCUGCAAAGAACAUUAACCAUUCUUGAAAGAAUGGUUAACCCAGUCUUUCAAGAAGAUUGAUUGCCAUUUUUUGUCCCAACACAAUGCCCGAGUCCGAAAAACUGUGAUUUGGUUAGAAAAUGCCCGAUGCCUGUUAUUCCAGGCUCUGCAUGACGCCAGUGUCUCAAAUAUGUUACGUCGAUGUUUUAAACACGUUCCAGGUAAUCACGGAAGAUCAAUUUUGUGGACAUCAGGGACACGAUCUGUUUGAUUCCAAAAAACAAUCGUCGAAGUAAGUAUUACAACUAUAUACCGGAAACAAAUAUAGGUUUUCUAUAGUCCAACUUAAAUUUUCCUGACUUAUAUGGUUCAUCUCUUACAGAAUGUUUAAAAUACUAAAAGAAGAUACAGUUGGGAAAAUGAUUGAACAGCUCGCAGAUGCAUUGG